AUGUCCGCUCCGCCCGGGAUGUCGCCGCAGCAGAUGGCGGCGUUUCAACAACACAUGCAACAACAAGUCGCCGCUGAAGCCGCCAAAAGAGGAAUGACACCGGAGGCUUUCGUCAAAAUGCAGCGGGAGCAGGUCGCCGCCGAAGCAGCUAAGCAUGGGUUGACUCCAGAACAAUACGUCCAGGGAUUGAGGAUGCGGGCUCUACAACAGCGUGCCGCGGCUCAACAGGCCGCGCAAGCACAAGGACAGCCGGGACAGCCACAACAACCACAGGGAGCACCUGGACAGCCACCUCAAGCACCUGGACAACAACAGGUUCAGACACAGGUCAAUGUCAACCCCAACAAUCCUCCAGACCCAAAAGCCAUCGCAUUGGCGAAAUGGUUGCGGUCGCAGGAUUUGAAGACCCGUACAUGUAUCUUGGAUGGUCAACGAAAGGACAUGUUCAAAGUUAAACGCGCCAUUCGAGCCAUCGAAUCUCCCGCAUACGCAAAAGCCGCAGCCAAGAGCAAAGGCCUUCUCCCUCCCGUAACAGACCGCGCAUCCGCAGAAAACGUCUUCAAACUCCUUCCUCUAUCACUACUAGCACUACGAGUCACCAAACAAGAUCCACACGCAGGCCACAACCACGGCAAGACCAAGCGAGUAAAGGGACUAUGGACCGUCAAGAUCGAGCAACACCAAGAGACAGAUCCCAUGAUGCAUUACGUCUUCCUAUAUGAAGGUUCGCAAUGGAAACAGAAAGCGAUGGCCGUCGGUGUGGUUCUCGCCAUCUUUGCCGUGGUGUUAUUCCCGCUAUGGCCUAUUGUGUUGCGUCAGGGUGUUUGGUAUCUUAGUGUCGGUAUGAUGGGACUAUUGGGUGCAUUCUUUGCCAUGUCAAUAUUCCGACUUAUUCUAUUCUGUGUUACCGUGUUUGCGGUGCCUCCCGGUCUUUGGCUUUUCCCGAAUUUGUUCGAGGAUGUUGGGUUCUUUGACAGUUUCAAGCCUGUUUGGGGCUGGCAAGAGAAGAAGAAGAAGAAAGUCAAAUCGGCCAAGAAAGCAAAGUCUUCUGCGCCAGCUGAUGCUCCAGCCGCAUCUGAGAAGGCCGAGACUACUGUUACUCCCGCUGCUGCUCCCGCGACGACCAAUGAUUCAUCCAAGCGCACCCUCGCAGCGAGUGUUGAGGACGCUGAAGAGGAAUAA